GACUCACAGCUCGAACGAUUCAGGGCGGCGAGAUCCUGGCUUACUCGGGAAGCUCUGGAUGUCCUGAUGCGGCAAUGAAGUGAAGUACUUCCUGAGUUAGAAGGAAUUCGCACUAGCGAUGGAGGAGCCUAUCGCAGAGCCCGAAGCAGCGACGUCGAACGCCGAUAAUGUGAAAACUGAAUCCACUCUGGAAACCACGACCGAGGAUAUCGCAUGCGAAUCCGACUCAGUACAGAUCUGCUCGAGGCGUUCUAGUGACGAAAAACCUGACGAGAUCGCCGGGGAGAACGAGAUAGUGAAACCCGCAGCUCCAUUGAUAGUCAUUGAAGGAAAAGACUUUCUGCCUGGCGCAGAGAGUCGGGACUCUCCCGGAGAAUGCCUCGGAGACCAUGAUCCUCCAACGAAAACUGAGGAGCAGGAGGAACUUGAGGCUCAAGGGUGCCAGGCUGAGAAUUUCGCGGAGCAAGUGUCGGUGAAAUGCAUCAAGAGAACGAUCGAAUGCAGCAAAUGUCACGUUCUGGAGUCCUUGUUCUGGAGAACGACGACCAGUGGAGAUCUGAUAUGCGUGGAAUGUCAAGCUGCAAGUGAACUAGAAACGAAAGAAGAUGGCGAUGAAGAGCUGUCGCAGGCCGGCAGUGAUCCGCCGACAACACCCAGCGGGAGCGAUCACAACGAAGAAGCAGAAGACCUCGCGGAUCAAGAUGACGCCGCUCCGAAAGCCCCGAGUCCUCGGAAAAGAGAGCUGCGCAAAGCAACUCGCCUAAAGACAGCGAAGUAUGUGAAGAGCGCCACCAAGAAUCGCCGAUCUCUAACCUUCAAGAAGAGCGCACCCAUGAAAACGACCCCUGCUGUAUCGCAUUUCAUCACGUCAAAUUAUAUCAGACACAAAGGCAGCUAUCUCCAGAGAGGAGACGUGGUCUCCAUGCUUGGCGAUGAUUCGGAAAUAUAUUAUGCUCAACUACGGACAUUCCUCGUUGAUCAAUUUGGUCAAACGAGUGCCACAAUAUCGUGGCUCAUCCCGACAGAACGGAGUCCGAGCGACGGCUCCUUCGAUCCUGCCACUUUUGUGCUCGGUCCGGAAGAAGAUUUCCCUCGAGACCUGAGAUCUAUGAGUUUUGAGUGCCAUGCGCCGUCGGAUUACUAUCUCGCUCGGGACAAGCCUAUUCUCUUCGACGAGAGGAAAGGUUGCAAAGCCUUCGUGUGGACUGCGCUCGGGAAGCCGAAACCCAUUCGUGACAGUCCUGAUGCUCAAUGAAUCUGCCAUCCUUGAACCGUUGCGAUUCCUGCGGCUCGCACAUCGGAACCUCACC